ACAACAACAACAACAACAACAACAACAACAACAACAACAACAACAACAGGCUGCUUUACUACUACAACAGCAACAACAGCAAGCUGCUCAACAAGCCGCUUUACUUCAACAGCAACAACAACAACAAGCUGCUCAACAAGCUGCUGCUCAACAAGCUGCUCAACAAGCUCAGCAAGCUGCUUUACUUCAACAACAACAACAAGCUGCUCAACAAGCUCAGCAAGCCGCUUUACUUCAACAACAACAACAAGCUGCCCAACAAGCCCUGCUCCAACAAAAACAACAAGCUGCUGCUCAACAAGCUCUACUCCAGCAACAACAUCAACAAAUUCAAAAUAUGAAAAAUCAACAAGCAACUUCACCUCAAUCACCAUUAUCAGGAGUACCACACCAUAAUCAAAUUACCCUACAACAACAACAACUACUACAACAACAACAACUACAACAACAGCAGCAAGCCCAGCAACAGCAACAACAGCAACAACAACCUAAUCAACAAAUGAGUCAAGGACAACAUCCAGUCCCUCAACCAAAUCAAUUUGCAAUGGCAAAACCACCAAUUCAAAAUCCACAACCCCAUUUAAUACCAAACCCACAACAACCAUCCGUACCAAAUCCUCAUGGCGCCAGUGUCGCUUCACCCCAAACCCCUUCUACAAUUCAACAACAUUUCCAAAAGAAUCAUGCUGCGCUUGCUCAAAAUAAUGCAAAUAUCAACACAAACUCACAACAACAAGCGGCACUUAAACAACAGGCUACAAACAUUUCAUUACAAAUCUCUCAGCAACAACAAGGAAGUCCUCAACAAUUGCAAUUAAUGCAACAACAACAAAUGGUACUUUCCCAAAUUACUCAAUUGCAGCAACAACACACUAAACUUACUCAAACCCAUAAUUAUCUUCAACAACAAACUCAAUUUCUUAUUCAACAAUUACAGUUACAUCAACAACAACAACAACAACCACAACAACAAAACCAACAACAACAGCAACAAAACCAACCACAACAGCAACCACAACCACAACCACAACCUCAACCACAACCACAACCACAACCACAACCACAACCACAACCACAACCACCACAACAACAAAACCAAAACCAACCACAACAGCAACCAAACCAACCAAACCAACAAAUAACAAAUCAACAACAACACCAACGCCAACAACUAAAUCAACAACAACAACAAAAUCAACAACAAAAUCAACAACAAAAUCAACAACAAAAUCAACAACAAAAUCAUCAAAAUCAACAAAAUCAUCCAAAAACCCAACCACAACAAAAUCAAAAUCAAAAUCAACAAUUCCAACAAAAUCAACAAAAUCAAAAUCAACAAAAUCAACAAAAUCAACAAAAUCAACAAAAUCAACAAAAUCAACAAAUAAAUCAACAAUUAAACCAACAACAGCAGUUUUUUCAAAUGAUACAAAAUCUUAGAACAACUGACCCACAGCCAACAACAACAGCAACCACAACAACCACAACCUCAACAACCACAACAACCACAACAACCACAACAACCACAACAACCUCAACAACCACAACAGCAACCUCAACAAAACCAAGUUCCCCAACAAUUCCAACAGUUCCGUCCACAGCAACUCACUGUUCAACAAAUACAACAGUUGCAGCAAUUUCAACAACAACAGCAACAGCAACAACACCAACCAACCCAACAACAAUUUCAAUUAACUCCUCAACAAAUCCAACAAUUCCAACAACUAAAUCCACAACAAGCUUUUCAAUUACAACAACAAUUGCAACAACAACAGUUGCAACAGCAACAACAACAACAACAACAACAACAACAAAACCAAAAUCCACAAUAAUAAAAGUGUACAUAAAUUAUUUAUUCAUUCUAUUGAUUAUUAAUAAAUAA